AUGUUGUUCAAUCAGAUUUUUACAUUUUCCGCGCUCGCAUUUGCGGCAAGUUCAUUGGCUGCAACAUGCGUGCCAAACAAGUCGUGUACUGCUCUGCCAAAAUCCGCCGUGUCCAGCUGCUCGAAAAUUAUCUCUGCUAAGAAGGCCAAGUUCACGACUUGUACUGUUGUGAAGACUAUCGUUCCCCAGAAAAUUACUAAGGCGGUGACCGUAACCCGACCAAAGGCGACAAUCUUCGAAAACGAUUGGGUUACGGCGACUGAAGAGGAAACCGGCACGGUUUCUGUAUUCUCCACCGUUACGGAAUACACCACGACCAUUUUCCUUGAAGAAGCAUCUGAGACUACCACUGCAACUGAAGUUCUCUCUUUUACUGACACCGCUUCUGUCACAGAGACUAGCGUAUCAACAAAAUACGCGUUUGCACUCAAACGUCGUGCGGCUGCCACUCCCUGUGCUACCGUUCCAAAGUCAUGUUCAUGUCUCCUCACAAAGACGACAACAAAGACUAUUACUGCUCCUCGUCAAACAGCUACCACAACCAAGACUUUGCCAUUAGAAACAGUCAUAAUAAAAGGAACCGCCACAGCUAGCGUUACAGUCCUCACUUUGAUCACGACCGUUGUUAUUGAUAGCACAACUUUGACCGAGUCCCAAUACAGCACAUAUACUAUCACCGCCACCGAGACAACCCAGGUUUCGGAAACUUCUACCCAAACCGUCACCGCUACGGUCAUGACUACUUUAGUUACCUGUCUUGACCCUGCCCGACGGGUGUGCGGUGUCUUCUGCCGCCCUAUCUGGGCGGAUUAUUAUAAUUGUGGCGGAUGUGGUAUGGCUUGCUCUGGCUCACAGAUUUGUCGUGAUAGCGUCUGCCAAGGUUCCUAA